AUGGCGUCAGCAAAGUACUCCUUCCAGGUCCAGAUCCCCAAAGAUGCUGACGUCACCACCCUGGUGAACGGCGGCUACGAGCUGGGCGUCAUGAAGAAGAGCGGCGUCGAUUCCGCUGUCGCCAUUCCGGUGCAGUGGCUGUCCGUGGAGAUCCUGGGCGGAACGAUCACCGUGAGCUGGGACGAGGACUACUACCUGUACUACACGACGCAGGACCUGUCCCAGGACGGGGUCACCAUCAUGCAGGGGAGCAACACCCCUGAAGCGACCAUGGGCAGGAAGUACUCGUACAACCGGGUUUUCAGGGAGAUUGGCAGCGCCUCCCGCCCCGACGGCAUUGAGAUUGAAAACGAUUGGCGCCCCGGCAACGACCGCUACGGCAUCGCGCAGAAGGUGUCCAAGAACGGACAGCUCGUUCAGGCAAGCGCAUUUCAAGACUUCGGUGGAUCCUUCCUCCUGAUAUUACUCCUCCCUCCCACGGACCCUUCUCUCUUCCCCAUUGAGGCCCCCGUCAUCGCGUCGGGCAUCCCGCUCAACGGAACGGCCGGCUUCAGCUUCGCCGAAGAAGUCGAGGUGUACUUCACCAACAGCAAGAAGUACACCGGAAAUGACGGAAUCGUCGCUAAGGACCUCUCCGUCUCCGCGUCCACAAGUAUCGUCCUCAAGCCCGGCCACACGUCAGCCGUCGCCUUUGACUUCACGAGCAAAACAUGGACGCCCGUGGCGGUGGUGUUGCAGGGCAUCCCGCUCGCGCUCGCGGCUGCACGCCCGCCCCAGGGGGCGAUCAACACGCUGGAGGAGCUGUUUGCUUACGAGCCAGCGCUGAACGUGAAGGAGCCUUCCGUCAUCGUUGAGCUCGUGGUGAUAAAGCUCGCCGUGAAGAUUCUGGGGGCCGCCCUCAUCAAGUGGAUCGACGAUGAGUACCGGCAGACCCACGUGAACAUGGGUGUGAGGGCCAUCAACCCGCAGGGGGUCAGCACCGAGCAUACGCUCGAGUUCACCAACAACGGCAAAGUGAGCGAAGCGCAGAUGCACGCGGCCGAGCAGAUGCUCAAGGGCCAGCUCGUGCCGAUCCCUGGGGGCCGCUACCUGGCGGCGCCGGGGGUGUACCACACGCUGACCAUCGAGGACAAGAUCCUGAGCGUGGAGGUUAAGAAGCCGGACGCCACCAACGCCGCGCUGCGCCUCAUCCUCGCGCAGAUGGCGGCCGCCAAGAAGGCGUCUGGGCUCCCCAUUGGUACCAAUGGAGCCUAUGGCGGCUACCUGAACAACGCUUAG